AUGUCAAGGCAUCGAAAUGUGCGAAAUAUGAAUUAUGCGGAUGGUGAGUUUUUUGAAAAGCUGAAAUUAAAAUUUGAAUUUUUUUUUGAAAAAAUCAUUAAAAAUUCCGAAAUCGCUCUCAAAAAUCAAUGUUUUUUGCAGAAAUCGAUGAUUACGACGAGGAUUACGAUGAUGAUUAUUCGGAAGACGAUGACGAAGGAACAAGUGCUCAAUAUAGUUAUAAAAAUCGGAAAGCUGAGACGAAUCUAUCCGCCAAUUAUUACACGUAUGCAGCGGAGCCGGAUGCUCCUGUGGGAGCUCCAAAACCCACUCCUUCCACCUCAAUUGUUCGAAAUUCAACCGCUCCAUCUUUAACCACGAAUUUUGUGAAGGAAAAAGAGAAAGUGAAGGCGGUGGCUGUGGCGAAAUCGAAUAAUUCGACACCGAAAAGGAAUUUGACGAAAAAUGUGAGGAUUUUCGGUCUGAAAUCCGGAUUCUUGUACAAAAAUAUAUGAAAAAUUCAUCUUAAACUUACAAUUUUGCAUUUCCAGAAUCUUCUGGUCGAAGCCACAGCCUCUCAAACACCUUCUCGUCCCAAUUCCGAAGUCGAUUUAUCCGCGUUUCGUCGAAAUCAACUUCAAACAAUAUCGCGUGCACCGGCACAACCAAGAAAACCACAAAAAUCGAGGGAAAAUGUGAAGGAUUUGAUCAAUUUGAUUGUUGUCGGACACGUGGAUGCCGGAAAAUCCACGUUGAUGGGACAUUUGUUGUAUGAGGUAGAGAUAUCUAAUAUCUAAUAUCGAAAAUCUCAUCGGUACUCCACGCGCUCCACCGAAAUAAACACGCAACGCAGACCGCGCCGCGCCACAACGCACACAAAAAAGGGAGGGAAUUUGAAAAAAUAAAAAACAUUUUUUGUCAAAAAAUGUUUUUUUUUCCAUUAUUGAACUUGAAUUCAAUGAAUUUCGGGCCAAAAAAUCCUGAUUUUCAGAUGUUAAAAUCCUCACAAUUUUAGGCUUAAAAUAUCUCAAUUGAAUUUCAGAGUUUCUAGACCAAAAUUUCUGGUUUUUAAGCCAAAAACCCUUUUUUCAGGUUCAUUUUUGGUGAAACUCAAAAAUCAAAAUCCUAUAUAAAUUCUUUUUUUUUUGGGUUGAAUAGACCAAAAAAAUGACAUUUUUGAAGCAGUGAACUUCAGUGAAUAAAUUACAGAAAUUCCCUAAAUUUGCAGAUUUUCAGAAAAAUAUUGAAAUUCAAAUUUGCUGGAAAAAAAAGUAUGAAAAUAUUUUGAAACAGCAGAUUUUUGACAAAAAAAAUAGGAAAAAUAUAGUUUUUUGACAUUUUUGAACCGAAAUUUUUUGUAAAAAAAUGUUUUUUAAUUAUUUUUUUUCUUUCAGAUGGAAUUUGUCGAUUCUCGAACCAUGGAAAAAUAUAAACAUGAAGCUGCAAGAAGUGGAAAAUCGUCUUUUGCCUAUGCUUGGGUUUUGGAUGAGACUGAAGAGGAAAGGUGGGUGUUUUUCAAUUUAAAAAUGUUUUUCUGUUGCCUAUUGCUCAUAUUAAAAUGUUCAGGGAACGCGGUGUAACAAUGGACGUGGCUCGAGUGAGUUUCGAAACGGACACCAAGCGAAUUUGCCUCCUAGACGCGCCCGGACACAAGGAUUUCAUAUCAAAUAUGAUAACUGGAACAUCGCAAGCCGAUGCCGCGAUUUUGGUGAUAAAUGGAACACGUGGCGAAUUUGAGACGGGUUUUGAGAAUGGCGGACAAACCAAAGAACAUGCGUUGCUUUUGAGAAGCCUGGGUGAGUGGUUUUGGGGGGAAUUUGUUGAAAAUUUGAUGAAUUUUGAUGAAAAGUAUCGUAUUUCCAUCGAAAAUGAUCAAAAAAUUUGACAUUUUGAUCUAAAAGUAACCAAAAAUGUGCAAAAUUUCACAAUUUUUGACACCUACACUGAUCCUAGGCUUGUUUGGUGUCUAAAAACGUGAUUUUUCACCGCAAAGUUGAGGCUCGGCCUAAAAAAUUCAGACUUAGGCCUAUGUGGUCUUUGAAAGUCCCGAAUUUUUUAUCUACAGUACCUCCCCUUCGUCCUCUUUCUGAUUGUAAAAAUCAAUAUUUUCUUCCAGGUGUUACGCAAUUAAUUGUGGCAGUCAACAAAUUGGAUACUGUAGAUUGGUCUCGUGAUCGUUUUGAAGAAAUCAAAAAUAAUCUGAGUGUUUUUCUGACGAAACAAGCCGGAUUCGCAAAUCCUCGAUUCAUCCCAGUUUCUGGCCUAUCUGGAGAAAAUUUGACGAAAAAAACGACCGAAAUCCCAUGGUUUAAUGGUCCCUGUUUGCUGGAAUCGAUUGAUUCAUUUGUCGCCGCAAAAUUGCCAAUUUCCGGACCAUUGCGAAUUGUUGUUAGCGAUGUUUUGAAGGUUCAAUCGGCUCAAUUGAUUUUGAGCGGAAAAAUUGAGUCGGGAGAAAUUGAGAAGGAUGAUAAGGUUUAUAUUAUGCCAAGUGUGACGGCUGCGACUGUUAAAGGUGAGAGAAAAUUUGCAUUUUUUUGAACCUGAAUUUGCAUAAGCUAAAAAAUCCACGUUUUUUGAGCCUAGAUUCAGAAAUUUGUGAUUUUUUGAGCUCAAAUUCAAUCGGAGCCCGAAAAACUACUUUUUUUUGCCUGAUGUUAAAAUUCCACGUGGAUUUUUUCUCAAAAAAAAUAUUUUUCUCGCAAAAUUUCGACCCCGAAAAAAUAGGUUUCAAAAAUUUAUUGUAUUAAAAUUGUAGAUCGGAAAAAUGAUUCAAUCGCUUUGUUUCUAGAAAAAAAUCUCACAAUCUCAAUAUAUUUUUUCAAGCCUAAAUUUGGUUUAGCCCCAAAAAAGUCCACAAAUUUUUGGACCUAAAAAUCCCAAAUCCCAAAAUUCAAAUUUUUCCAGCCUGCUCCAACACAAUUUCCAACACCGAACAAUGUUUGGCCGGCGAUCAUGUGCUUUUGACGUUGGCCGGAACUUUCGAGCCGGAUUCGAUUCAGACUGGAUCUGUUGUUGUUCGGGCCGGCCCGGAUACGCUGAUUCCGGCCCGCAGAUUUUUGGUUCGAUUGGUCGUGUUUGAUAUUUUGACACCGAUUAUUAAGGUGAGAAUCUUUUUUUUGGCGGGAAAAUUUUCUAGAUUUUAUGGAUUUAAAUAAGAUUACUGUAGUUGAUUUUUUUUUAAAUAAAAAAAAAUUAAAUUUUUGGAUUACUGUACAUCUGAUGAUCUUGCCGCCAAAAAUGGAAAAUUUGAAUUUUGUUGCAGGGCUCAACAGCUGAAUUAUAUGCUCAUUCAAUUUGUGUCUCAUGCACAUUUUCGAAAUUGAAUCAUUCGAUCAAUAAAUCAAAUGGAGAGAUUUUGAAAUUGAAACCGAGGUUGGCUUUUUUUUCGGGAAAUUUGAACAUUUGACUUAGAAAUUUUACGCUGAAAAUCUAAUUUUCAAAUUGUUCUAACCUGAAAUUUCGCGCUGAAAAUCGCCCGAAAAUUCCAAUUUUCCUUCAGAUUUUUGGCGAAAGGAACAUCAGCGAUUGUUGAAAUUGAAACCGAUCAAGAUGUUGCAAUUGAGCCAUUCACAAAAUGUCGAAGUUUAGGAAGAGUGACAUUUCGAAGUGGCGGAAAAACGAUUGCGGCUGGAAUUGUUGAAAAUGUACUGUAA